ACAAAAUGGUGCAACAGCCUUCAUAUUGGAAAGUUUUAACACGUCGGAAAACCUUGUCCCAGGAAAGUGGGGAUGGCGAAGGAAAACUUAAUCGUGUCCUGGGUCUAUAUGACCUCACUGCCUUGGGUGUGGGAUCCACUUUGGGCGCUGGUGUCUAUGUGCUAGCUGGACAAAUUGCCAAAGAUCAAGCUGGACCCUCAGUAAUACUUUCAUUUGCAAUAGCCGCUCUGGCGUCACUCUUGGCCGGUGUCUGUUAUGCUGAAUUCGGUGCCCGUGUACCCAAAGCCGGCUCAGCGUAUGUCUACAGCUAUGUAUGCAUUGGGGAGUUUGCUGCUUUUGUCAUUGGCUGGAAUCUGAUAUUGGAAUACAUGAUCGGCACAGCGGCAGUGUGUCGCGGCAUUAGCUUGUAUCUGGACACAUUAAUCAAUGACACCUUGAAAACCACUUUCGCCGAAAUAUCACCAAUGAAUGCCACAUUUCUGGCAAGUUAUUUUGAUUUCUUUGCAUUCGGUUUGGUGGUGGUGUUUGGAGUGGCCCUUGCUUUCGGUGUGGAGACGUCAGCAAUUGCCAACAACUUUUGCACUUGCCUCAAUUUAUUCAUUUUGGUUUUUGUCAUUGUUGCUGGAGCCAUCAAAUCAACAUGGUCCAACUGGACUAUCGAUCCUAGCACGGUAAAUACCACAAGUUUACCCGAAGGCACCGAUCUUGGUCUGGGCGGUUUCUUUCCCUUUGGAUUUACCGGCACCCUAAAAGGAGCUGCAACCUGCUUCUUUGGCUUUGUCGGUUUCGAUUGUAUAGCCACAACCGGUGAAGAAGUCCGAAAUCCUCGCAAAAACAUUCCACGUUCCCUAAUGCUGUCGUUGCUGGUGAUAUUCCUUUGCUAUUUUGGUGUUUCGACUGUCCUAACCCUCAUGGUGCCCUAUUAUCUACAAGAUGCCAACGCUCCACUGCCCAGUGCCUUUAAAGAAGUUGGUUGGAAUUUUGCCAUGUGGAUUGUAUCGGUCGGUGGUUUGGUUGGUCUACUCGCCAGUUUAUUCGGAGCUCUGUUUCCACUGCCACGCGUAAUGUAUUCCAUGGCCCAGGAUGGUCUGCUGUUUCGUUUCUUGGGACGUAUACAUCCCCGCUAUAGAGUGCCGGUGAUUGGCUCAAUCUUUGCAGCAAUAUUAACCGCUUUGAUUGCCGGCUUAUUUGAUUUGGCCCAAUUGGUAAAUCUUCUAUCUAUUGGUACUCUAUUGGCUUACAGUGUGGUGGCCAUAUCCAUUACAAUUUUGCGUUACAUGGACAAUUCUGAGACCUUUGGCAAUCAUGAAACAAUCGCAGAAAAUGGUCAUGCCAACGGCAGUGCCAAUGGAAAUGGCCACAGUGUUUCCGAGCAUUCGCUGUUAACCUCUAAAGGAGAACGAAACACUUUCAAGACAGUAUUAUUGCAGAUAUUCAAUUGUCGCCGGGUUGAUGUUCCUAAUGCACUUACCACCCGAAUUGUGGGUAGCCUAAUUACCGUAUUUUGUGUCCUCUCCAUGGGCAUUGGUCUGAUUUUUAUGCAGGCCUAUGAUGCCUUGAUCAACAAUCAGCUUUGGGUUUUAGGUCUGCUAAUAGCUCUGGUAAUACUGACAGUGCUGGUGCUUAUUGCGAUAUGUCUACAACCUCGAGAGGCCUAUGCCCGAGUAUUUAGAGUACCUCUUGUGCCCUUGGUGCCAGCCAUAAGCAUUUUCAUCAACAUCUAUUUAAUGUUACAGCUGGACGUAAUGACCUGGAUACGAUUUGGCGUGUGGAUGGCCAUUGGUAUUCCUAUGUUUAUUGCAUGUUGGUGCAUGUAUGAUAUAAAAAAUCCGGCCAAAAGGCACCCCGAACGUUUAGAAUUCGAGAAACUGCUGAAAUCCAGUCGGGGCAGUGCAGGCAUAGCUGACAAUUUCAAGGCCGUGUCAAAUGCCUCCACCGCCACCACGGUAGUGAUGCAGCAAAACGAACGUUCCGUCAAGAGUUUAGACGAAAUCAUGGACAUGAAUGAGGUCAGCGAUGACCUUAUGGCUGUCAAGCAGCCCAACGGCCAAAUAAAUUAUGUAGAAGAUACAAAAAGUGACAAGUCCCACGGCUCGGGUCAACAGGGCAAAGAACCAGCCGAAACAACAAAUUCCAUAUCAGUUCCUAAGUUGGAAUCGGCGACCACAACAACCGAAGAGGAGAACUCAGUUAUAGCCAUGCUGGACGAUGUCCUACAAACGGAGGAGGAUGGUCUAUACGAUACUCCCUUCUACGAUCGUAAAAUUAGUGUGGACUCCGAAAUGGUGCCCAGUGUCAUAAGAAGUACCACCGUAGCUACGGUACACAGCAGCAGCAGUGGUAGUUCUGACAUUGCAGAGGGUACAGAGGGUAACCAAACACCUCCCAGUGUAGAUUCCGGAAUACAAGAAAAUUACCUGGAGAAACAGAAGGUUGCCAUGGAAUUGGUAGAGGAAAUUCUUAACAGUCCUCGGUUGUGGGCGGCCUUGGAGAAACAUCAAGAGGAACAGAAACAAAGGCAAUUGGCCACUGCGGCUGCUGAACAACAUAAUACAGUAGCUUCGCCCGACGCAGAGAAUUCUAUUUCCCCUGAACAACGCACCAAAUCUAUGGAGUCCUUACUGUCACUGGCCUCCGUUGAAGAUCCUUUACAUUCGGAGAAAUUUCGCAAUAAAUUAAGUCAAUUGAUCAUGAAACCACCCGAACCGACGAAACCCCUUAAAGAAGCCGCGAAUCCCGACGACAACACAACUGUUCGACCAAAACUCAAGCAUUCCAAAAGCGAAGCUGAUGUAAGAAAAUUAGUUUUAAAGGCCAUAGAAGGCUGCGACAUCGACAUAGAUAAUGACCCAAAAUCGGAUACGACAAAUACACAAACCAUUCCCAAGCCUCCCAAGUUUGAUCCAGUUCUGUAUAAAACCAUUAACACUCUAGGUCGUUCCAGAGAACGUCCCAGCUUAGACAAAUUGUUAAAAGCGGAUGAACAGUCUAAACCUAGAAUAUUUGUGGAAUUGAGCGAACCACAAACCAACAACGAACAAGUUCCUUUUAAACAAAAACUGGAGGCCAUAUUAAAACGAGGCCCAUCUCACAAGCCCCAAACUAAACCUGAAGUAGAGCUUCGAAGACCCAGGUCUGCAGAACCUCAACUAGAGGAGGAGACCCUGCAGAUGCCCAGGGAGAACGUAACCAAGUCACAAAGCAAUCUCAGUACACCAUCGGCCAGCAUGAUCAAUGAAACUCGUAGAACUUUAAGAUCGGUUAAACAAAAACAGACCACCGAAUUAUAACAUUAACCAGGCAUUCAAAAUUAGCAAAUCUCUAACUAAUCCAGCACAAACACCACCUAACCU